AUGCUCACUACCCCACAGAACUCAUCCGGCUCAUCAACAGGCUCAGCCGUAGCCGUCAGCGCAGGCUUCGCCCCUCUCUCCAUCGGCGCCGACUUCAACGGCUCGCUCACAAAUCCAGCUACUCGUGCUGCGCUGUAUACCAUACGCACUACGCCUGGUAUAGUAUCGGGACGCGGAUGCUUCCCGUUCUCGAAGAACAGGGAUAGUGUUGGGCCGAUGGCGAAGUGUGUUGCGGAUCUUGUUGGGCUGCCUAAUGUUAUUGUGGAUGUUGAGCAUCCGGGAGUGCCUGAGAGAGGGUAUGGGACUGAGGUUUCGAGGGAGUGGGGGGAUGUUUCGUUCGCUACGUUGGAUCCGAGACGUUGGUGUUUGGCGGAAGGGGUGCAGAAACCGAGGCCUGGGGCGUUGGAUGAGAUUAUACGGGAGACACUUGCCGCCUACGAAAAGAUCGAAAGCCUCGCUAAGCGCGUUGUUGGUCCAGUCGACCUGAUUACCGACGAAACAUUAGAUGAGAGCAUGAACGACGUCUUGGCCACAAUAAAAAACGAUUUCUCCAACCUCUUCGAAGCCUACACAAACGGUCUGGACACGCCUAAAGUGAAGACCCUAAAGGAGCUGAUCGAGUUCACUGAACAACAUCGCAAGAUCGAGUUACCAGAGCAUUCUCCAAACCAAGACAAGCUCAUCCAAAGCCUCCAAGCAGCGAACUCCCUUACGGACGCAGAGUACACCCGUCUUGAUAUAAAGGCGACCGCGUCGGCCGCUGAUGAUGCGAUCGACAAAACCCUCCACUAUCACAACGUCGACGUCAUCAUAGGUCCAGCAGAUAGCAGAUUACCUGACGUUGUUGCUUUGGCUAACCAGCAUAGUGUGCUUUUCGAGACACCCAAAAAUUCCGUUCCAUACAUGAAAUUCUGGCUCAAGAAGGUUGAAACUGAAGGCAUUCAAGAAGAAUGGCUGGCAUUACUCGCCUAUGACAAGGAGAGCUAUUUGGGAAUGAUCCCCUUUGGAAUUUUCGACUUGCAUAUGAAAUCGUACACAGACAUCGACGAUGCGGACCCAAGUUCAGCGAAAGCACCCAGCAAAUUUUUCGUUGAACUUCUUCACCAAUACAUACGCAUGUACGUAGCAAUUGUUGAAACAGAGAGGAAGGGAUUCAUGGAAGCGAUCAACAAGGUGGAAGACUCCCUAAACUCGGAUCAACGUCCUAGCAGCUUGCUUCGGUCACUCAAUACCAUCAGCCGUAGGAUUAGAGCUGCAAGCCUAGAAAUUAAGCUUACGUUUAGCAAAGAUGCUGCAGAGUGGGCAAAGGAUAUCUCAGCGUCACAGUUUCACGCGCCCAUAACGUCAGAAAAGCCGUUUUUGGCUCAAGACAUAGAGCAGUACCAUCCAGAUCGAUUGCGAGAAGUUGCCGCGGAGGUCCACCAACAUAUUGAAGAUGUUAUUGCGGAAAGGCAGCAGGAAAGACAGGAGAAGCUUCAAGAGCUAGAAGAUGUUCGGAGGAAGGAAGAAUGGGAACUUCUGCAACAAAACCUCGAGAUUGCGAAAGCAACCCAACGAGACAGUCGCCUGAUGAGUGGCGUAGCGUGGGUAACAAUGGCGUUCCUCCCGGCCACCUUUGUCUCUUCCUUCUUUGGCAUGAACUUCUUCAACGGCAUCGCCGGUGACGUCCCAUUUGAUGAAGCGAGCCGUAGCGUUUGGUUGUUCUUUGUGAUAGCAAUACCCACCAGUGCUUUCGUUCUGCUUACAUUUUACGUCUGGAACGAGAAACAGAAGAAGGAAGAUGAGCACAAAAGGAAGCUAAGGGAGAAGACUACGAGGGAGGAUACUGCAAGCGAGGAUGCUGCGAAGAGGAAAACGUACGAAGGCACAACAGUGACAUCCACGGGAAACGACGUGGAACCGCCAGGACUACGACAGAGGAUGUGA